AUGCUGAUUCUUAUAAUAUGUACAUUUUUGGCUGUAUUUGUGCCUGCAAACCCUCAGCGAAGUUUUUUGGAUCAGCAGGAUGAUGAGGAAGAGCAGCCCAGAAGCUAUGCUUUUCAGAGAACCAGAAGUUUGAAUGGUGGAUAUGCAACAGAUGGGGAUUCAAAAAUUAACGACGAAGUUUACCGAAUUUUCAUGCUCACCAUUCUCGACGGUUUCAACAUUUUCAAAAUCAAAGCGUACAACGACCGCUCGUUUAUCUACCUCACACGUCGCGACUAUUGGCUUGGCGACCGUUAUUAUUAUAUGGACAAUUAUUAUUACCUCCCAACACGAGAUUCGUGCGCGUAUCGUAUGAACGAGACCGAACGACAACAUCUUUUCUACGAGGAGGACAACAUGCCGAUAUUCGAUAUCAUUUAUCAAUGCCAGCGAUAUCAGGAGUACUGCUGCGGUUUGAAUUGCUGCAAAAUUGACCAAAUUGGACGUCACGACUAUCCUCGCAAGCCGCCUAAAUACCCUUGGGAAGACCCGUGGCACCAUAAUUCUGCAUCCUGUUCUUCACAAUUGCCCUUUGCCAUAAUUAUAAUUUCUGUCUUCAACUUUUUCACAUAA